AUGCGGUCGACUCACGAAUCACUCCUGUCGCCUGCAGUAGUUUCGUUUGAGAGACAAGCCUUUGAUCAGUGGAACAUGCUGCCUUGUCAAGUACACGGACCUCGAGGGGGUUGGACUCUCGCCCGCAGCCGUGUAUUGCUGUUGGGGUUCUCUGCGGGAUGUCUCUUCGUUGCCAUGCCUGGGAUAGCUACAAGGGCAAAAAGAACAUGGCUCAACAGACACUUGACAUUCUAUACGAAGCCCAAGGGCUGUAUACUUACAGAGAAUCAAAUCAUUACUGUGCGUUUCACAUUGGUGUGGUCUUUUCACUUCCCCUUUAUGCUACGGUGUCAAGGCGAGUCUGAUAUAUGA